GGAUGUAGAUUAUGUGUGUUACAGGGCGAGGCCGUCUGAGAGAGCUCCUCUCAGGUGUUUCUGUCCGGAGUAUGGACGUGUUGCUGAGGAUGAAGAGGAGGCAGGAGAUGUGGGAAGGACGACUGUAACGUGGAGAAAGAGGAAACAAAGAGCCUGCACUGCGAGGGGAAACCACCAUACGGGAUCAGCACAGAGCCCAGAAAGAAAUAAGGAAGUAAAAGUGAAUAAGAUCAGAGCAGAAAAGGGAAAGUUACGCUGAAGCUGCGGAGAGAAUGCAGAGGAACGGUGAAAUGGCGGCAGUGCAGAAGGAAAAGGAGCUGAUCAUCAGUGUGGACAAGAAACGAUCUCUGGCAUUUAUUGCCACGGUUAUAAACUGUGCGGCUGAAAUAAAGUGAAGUCAGAAAGGAUUAAGAUGGCGCUGGACGCUGCAAGAAGGUUCCUGAAUGCUGUGGACACAUCUGGAGAGGAUCCAGAUGUUACUGAGGGCCGGGUCCAGGUUAGAGAACGGACUGUGGCAUGGGACUGUAAACAGUUUAAACUGUGAAGCUGUUACAAUCCAGCAGGUGGCGGUAAUGCACAAUCAGGGACGCCAACCGCCAUAAAACGCAACAGAAGAAGAAGAAGAAGAAGAAGAAGAAGAAGAAGAAGAAGAAGAAGAAGAAGAAGAAGUGUAGUGUCAGGAGCAUCGUCCGGUCCAGCAGGGGGCAGACUCCGGCUCGCUCUCUCCUCUCAGUGUGAACUCGCUGACCCGGAACAGACCCGUGUUGUUUUCCGGUUGCUGGCCGGUGGACGGAGCUCUGUACCGGGAUGUCUCUGACAGAAACCCCGCCGCGCUGCGGCAUCCGGGCCCUGACGGUGUCGGUGUCGGAGCAGCUGACCCGGGUCGGGGACGAGAUCUUGGGGCUGCUGGAGAAGCGGAGCGGCGGAUCCGGAGGAUCCGGAGGCCGCCUGCUCCACCUGCUGCGGCUGCUGCUCACCGAGCGGCUGGCGGCGGCGGCGGAGCGGAUCGUCGGGCUGCUGGAGCGGGAGGUGGAGGAGUACCGGCGGCAGCUGGAGCGGCAGAGCCGGCUGCUGGAGGCGGUGCUGAGCCCGGUGGUCCGACUGAACCGCACAGAUUCCGUCGGCUCGCCCACUCGCAGGACGACCGGCGCUGAUGAAAACCCGCCCCUGCUGUCUGAGGUAGACCCCGCCCGCCUCCCCGCUGCCCCGCCCAGCUCCGCCUCCUCAGACGUCUCUGCAGCCGAGAGCGACGACAGUGACGAUGACUGGAGGGGAAGCGACAACUCUUCCAGUAACAAAGAAACAAACAGGACAAGGACGGAUGGAGGGCGGUGCUCUGGUGGUCGGAGACAGCAGGCGGCGUCAUCGCACCGGACGGCGGCUCAUCGCUGUGUCAUCUGUGGAAAAACUUUCCGCCACAAAGGAAAUCUGGUAAAACACGUGGAAACACACUCAGACAACCCCGAGAGCCUCUGUGGAGUCUGCGGUGAACACUUCAAGUCCUCAGAUGGUUUGUUCGACCAUCUCAGAUCUCACAGAGAAACCGACAGCGGCGGCGGGACGUGUGAGAUCUGCAGAAAGACGUUUCAGAACAUGGAGACGCACAUGAGGAGUCACACCGGAGUCAAACCGUACAGCUGCAACGUCUGCGGCAAGAGCUUCCCCCGACCCGGAGCACUGAGGAGACACAAGAAGAUCCACAGCAGGAGGACGCCCGACGUCUGCCCGGUCUGUGGACUGACCUUUACCCAAAACCGGCUGCUCCAGGAUCACCUGAAGACCCACGAAGAGGACGAUGGAGUCCAGAGUGAGGAGGAUGACGAGGGCGAGGGCGAGGGCGGUCAGUCAGAGACGCUGAAACCAAAGACAAGGCAGAGCUCUGGACUGAAGUCGGCUCAGUCCUCCUCGCUCUGCUGCAGAGUCUGCGGUGAUUCCUUCCACAGCCGAGGGUUCUUGAGGAAACAUGCUGAGACGCACUGCAGAGAGUCUCAGAGCGUCUGUGGCGUCUGUGGACAGCAGGUAGACUCACCUGACGGUCUGCUGACUCACUUGCAGUCUCACAGAGAGACCAGCGGGACCUGCAGCAUCUGCGGUAAGAGUUUCCAGAACAUGGAGACACAUAUGCGAAGCCACACAGGGAUCAAACCGUACCGCUGCAGCGUCUGCAACAAGCGUUUCCCCCGACCCGGAGCCCUGAGGCGCCACAAGAAGAUCCACAGUGGGGAGCGACCGUACGCCUGCCAGCACUGCGGGAAGACGUUCAUCGAGAGCAGUGCCUUAAAGACUCACAGCAGGAGUCACUCAUGGGAGAUCCAUGGCGAUGAGGACGCCGAGCCUCCGCCGGACUCUCAGAGCCUGAAGUCUGAGGCGGAGAAAAGGCCAACUGUCGAGAACGCCAAGGUGUCGACUCAGACGUCUCACUGCUGUAAAGUUUGCGGGGAGUCUUUUCAGAGUAAAGGUAGUUUGAGGAAACACGCUAAGAUUCAUUUAGCAGAGUCUGUCUGCGGCAUCUGCGGUGAAAGUUUACCGCCAUCAGAGACCCUGACGGAGCACCUGCAGAGUCACAGAGACGCCGGUAAAAUCUGUCACAUCUGCGGUAAAACCUACCAGAACAUCGAGACUCACAUGCGGAGUCACACUGGUGUCAAACCGUACUGCUGUGGCAUCUGCGGUAAAUCCUUCCCGCGGCCUGGCGCCCUGCGGCGCCACAAGAGGAUCCACAGCGGGGAGCGACCGUACAUCUGCGAGUUCUGCGGGAAGACGUUCAUCGAUAACGGCGCUCUGAUGACGCACAUCAGGAACCACACCGGAGACAAACCGGCCCACCGCGUCUCCUGUGAGACCUGCGGGAAGAGCCUGGCGUCGGUCCACGUCCUGGAGGUCCACAAGAGGAUCCACACGGGCGAGAAGCCGUUCCAGUGCCGCGUCUGCGGGAAAUCCUUCAGGCAGGUGGGAGGGCUGAAUGCCCACAUGCUGACCCACACCGGGGAGAAGCCGUUCAGCUGCAGCCUCUGCAACAAGAGCUUCAGCACCAAAGGAUACCUGGAGACCCACAUCCGCUUCCACAAGAAGGAGCGAGCGUUCAGCUGCCACCUGUGCUGGAAGGCGUUCGUCACCAAGAACGAUCUGAAGAAACACCUGCUGACGCACACCGGAGAGAAACCCUACAGCUGCAGAGUCUGCGGGAAGAGCUACCAGGAGAAACGCUCCAGAGACGUCCACAUGAAGGUUCACCUGGACGUCCAGAUCAGCAAAGAACCAAUCAGGAGGCAGGAAGGUCUGCAGCCAGACUUCAUACAGCUGUAGACUUCACACAGACCAGUGUUUUUACUGGUUUUACAAACUGGUGAACUGACAGACCUCCAGCUGGGUUUGUUGAAGUUAAUGUUCUUCAGUCAUCAGCAGAGACACAAACCUGUUAAAUAUAACAGUUAAAUUGGCCUUUAAUGUUUUUUCAAUUUUAAAAAAAUGUAAAAACCAUAUUUUCAGAUUAGGGCUGCAACUGAAGAUUAUUUUCAUUAUUUAUUAAUCUGCUAAUUAUUUUUUCAGUUACUCGAUUUUGAAAAUAAAACGCCAGAAAAUAGUGAAAAAAACAAUUAACUUGCCAAUUAAUUUUCUGUCGAACGAUUAAUUGACUAACUGUUGAAGCUCUUUUUCUGUUACUGACGGUUUUUGCAGUGUUGACAUCCAUGAUGAUGUUCAGGGGAAAGUCUGUCUUUUUUUAAAAGUUUGUUUUGCCUCCAAAAUAGCCGACAGAAAUCAGCUGGGUGAUAUUGUUAAAAUCAAUACUAUAAUAUCAUAAAGAUUGUGUUCACGUCACAAUGCUGCCUACAGAAAUAAACUGAUGUUAUUGGUUUAAAUCAGGUCAGUGAGUCAAACGACUAAAAAUGUCACAUUUAGUCUUAAAGUUGAGUUGUUUAUAUUACAUAAUAAAGUAUUUAAUUGUUGUAGGGCUGCCACUAAUGACUAUUUUCCUAUCGAUUACUCUAUCGACUAUUCUACCGAUUAAUCCAUUAAUCUAAACAAUUCAUUUUCCUCCAAAACAUCAAACUGACCAUUUAAUUUGAGCUCAUUUUAUUUUGACAAACUGUAUGUCAUCGUAUAAUGCAGCACAAACAAAAUGUAAACAAAGGUUUAAACUCCAACACGAUAAAAAUAAACAUAAAAUAAGCUCAGAUUCUAACCAGCAGACGCCUGCAUGGCUUUAUAUUAAACAGCUACGAGGACAAAAGAUAUUAAAAGCUCUUCUUACUAAUCAAUAAACACUACGGUUUCAGAAACGCAGGCCGACGUCACGCUGCGGUGGCCGAUCCGGCGAUCGGACCGGUCACACGGCUCCACGGUCAGCAAACCAGUUCGUGGACCGGACUCUCCCCGUCGUGUCCUCGCCUGGUUUGUUUCCUGUACCCAGCUUCGACGUCGGUGUCCGGCGUCCAGUCUGUGCUGGAAAACGCGCCACACGAAGCGUCCGUUGGUUUGUGUUCACGUGUUAGAGAGUCAGCUGUGGGCGAGCGACGUACAGAGUGAAUGAGGAGAGGGAGCGCCGGUGGGAGAAAGCCGGUGAAUCAGAGAAAUAAAACGUUAUUUUCUGAUUGUUUCACAGCGGUUUACGUUCUAAAGCACAAAUAAACACAACCGCACCGCCGCGCUGACGUCAGGACGCAGCACUCAGUGAUAUUGAAGAAAAACAAUGAAUUUUCAGUGUCAACACCAUCGAUUACGUCGACUUCUCGCGGCAGCCCUAAUUUGUUGUCAUUGAUACAGGAUGUUCCAUAAUAUUAUUAUACCGUGAAUCUUCACUUGAUGAAUGAUACAUGAUUCUGUCUGCCGUCCUGUCAGGAAGAACAUUUACAUUAAAUCUGCACCGACUGAA